CCAAUUUUAUGCAUGCUUUCAACGGGGGAGUCACUUCCAGCUAGCAUACAUCGUUUGUUUAAUUUAAACGAAAACAUUUCAAAGUUUUGUUCUCCAGUAAAAUGGGUGCAAGCGUGUCAAGAACCGACUUCGAAUGGAGUUAUACAGACGAGCCACAUGCGACUCGGCGAAAGCAGAUAUUAAGUAAGUCACGAAAUAGGUGGCAUAGCCAUUAGAUAACAUUAACCGAGGCAUUGUAUAAGCAAGUAUGUUAUUGUCAAUAACAUUAGUAUUAAAUUACUGAUAAAAUUGUAUUUCUUUCAAAACUAGAAUGUAUAGGCCUACCUUUAAACUGAAUUUUUGCAAUAGUAUAAAGCCCUAAUCAUAGUAAAGCUCGUGGCGUGAUAAUUACGGUGCAAUUCAGUGUAGAAUGAGCAAUAUGCAUGCCACGAAUACCGCUGUAAUUGUGACAGCAUAAUUUGUUGUUAAAAAUUAAAACUUAUGUAGUGUAAAAAACGUAAAUAUGGAUUAUUAUUUCUUUUGAAAGUAUUGUAGUUUUUAUUACAUUUCACUUGAUUUGCCUCUAACAGUUAAUUUUAUAAAAUCUGCGCAACGUCAAUGAUGAUAUCAUUUAACGGUUGGAUAACUAUAUAUAAGAUAACGUAAAGACACGUUUGUACAACUAAACCGACAGAUGAACAACGUUAUAAAAAUAGCUUAUUUAACUUCAGAGGUAUCAGGUUUCCCAUCCAUAGUAAGCCUAUAUGGGCGUAAGGAAUUUAAUUCAUCAAUUCAUUGUUGGAACACAGCGUGCAUCAUUGCAUGUUUCGUAAACAUAGCUAUAAAGUUUAUGUAAAUGAUCAUUGACACAUUGUGCAGCCAUGACCCAUGAUCUGCCUGCUACAUGAUCAACAAAAAGACCAAUUCAUGAACCACAGGUCACGCUUGUGGGCAAAGCUAGGUUACAUGAUGUUGAAAAGACAAAAACUAGUGGGUCGAUUAAGCUGAAUCCUACAUGUCAUAUUUGAAUUUCAACUGGGUGUGCAGUUCUAAAUAAUUCAUGGCCACUCCAUGAGUUUGCUAGUAGAGCGAACGCGGGGAAAUGCUGCACGUUCUUCCACUAUUUUCACUGAGGGAACGGCGUCCCCGCUGGCAAAGCUCAAACAUGGGGGGACGUCAACAACACCGCACAGACAGAAGAUGCUGUAUAUCUGAAGUACUGAAAUGUUUUAUCAUGUCGAAACUUGGUUAUUCAUUCAAUAUAUAGACACGAUUUUGUAGAACUUAUCAUUAAUUUCCUUGCUGCUGUGUCAACAUCUCUGAAGUUAUAAUGAUGAUUAGCAUUUCUAUAGCUCAAAUUUACAUGUCAAUAUGAUGAAACACGCUUUACAUCGAGUAUUACGCUUACCUAAUUACAUACUUAGCCUAGAUUAUUUUAACUUUACAACAAUUGUGAUAUUACUUUCUUAACUCUGUUUAUCCUAACCCACCCUGUCAACUUUCCCUGUGGGAGGAAACCAGAGCACUCGGAGAAAACCCACGCCUUUCAGUAGAGCGUUGACCGACUCUUUUCACAAGUGUGGACACGAGUCCAUAGCGAUCCUAUCCUGUUCACCAUGAUUUUUUCUAACAAUUCCAAAUUCUUUCAAAAUCUAGAAGCUCACCCAGAGAUCAAGAAACUGAUGGUAGUGGAUCAUCGCUUCAAAUACCACGUCAUACUCCUAGUUAUCCUCCAACUUCUAGUAGUCCCCCUAAUCCCCCAUCUUUCGUGGACGAAAUUUUUCCUUCUGCUGUAUUUCUAUGGCGCGGUCAUAAACCACGCGGUCCUGGACGCCAUCCACGAGAUCUCGCACAACAUGGCGUACGGUAACGCGAAACCAUUCCACAACCGCCUUUUCGGGAUGUUCGCAAACCUGCCCACGGCAAUACCGGUCAGCGUCACUUUCAAACGUUAUCAUCAAGAUCAUCAUCGUUUCCAAGGCGACAAGGAUUGGGAUCCAGACCUCCCAACCGAGUGGGAAGGACAAUUCUUCACGAACAGCUUCACAAAGGCAAUCUAUGUCGGGCUUAUCCCGGUAUUCUAUAGCCUACGACCCCUCUUCGUCAACCCAAAGAGUCCCACCAUACUCGAGUUUUUAAAUUAUGUAACCCAACUAUCGUUUGAUGCUGUUGUUUAUUACUUCUUCGGGAUAAAACCUCUGGUCUAUAUGGUCCUCAGCAGUUUAAUCGGCACAGGCUGGCACCCGUUAGGAGCACAGUUCAUUGCAGAACACUAUAUGUUUCGAAAAGGCCAGGAGACGUUCUCAUAUUAUGGUCCCUUCAAUUAUAUCACGUUUAAUGUGGGCUAUCACAACGAGCAUCACGACUUUCCAAACAUCCCUGGAUCUCUGCUUCCGAAGGUGCGCGAGAUUGCGCCGGAAUUUUACGACAUGCCACAUCACUUGUCUUGGUUGAAAGUCAUCUAUGAUUUUGUUUUCGAUCCUGAGAUCAACCCGUACGCGCGCGUGAAACGUUCUAUGAAACAGCGUGCGAACAAUAACGCGGACACGGACAACACGCACGCAGAUUAGAGCAAUGUAGAUUAGAACAGUUCGUUUGAAAUAGACCGCACAACGAAGGAUUAACAGUUAGGAUAUUUCACUUCAAAUUAGAAGUGGACGAAAGCAGAAUAAACAGAGUGAUUGCUAAGAGGGACUGUGCAUAGGACGCAAAGGUUUUGUUGUGAAUUGCUUGUGUUGUUGCGUCACCUCUCUCGCACUAUAUCAGUGAGCUUGGGCAACCGGCGUUUUUCAACACGGACACAGAGUAAAUACCAUACAGAGGUCUCAAUUCCCAGCUAUAGACUAAAUUUUGAUCAAGGCAAGAACGAAAUCCAACAUAUAUACAAAUUUUGCGAACCGGCUUCACAGGGCUAUAUUUUCCUCACUUUACAACAAUUCGCAACCAAACGUUGCAAUUUUACUCAUUUUAAGAUACUCUUUCCAGCUAUGGUAAUGGUUUCGUUCUCCUUGUCUAGAUCAAAAUUUCCCCGUUCCGCACGUUGUAACCAAUAAUGUAUUGGCGUUGUAAUGCCAUUGUAUGCAAUAAAGUAUUGGGUUGUAACUGAAGACAAAACCGCAAGCAUUACACAAAAGUUUUAGUUAUAAAUCUAAUUGGCUUAGCUUGGCGGAUGGUGGGGAGGCGUUAGUUUACUUCCCCGGAGGGGUAGCCGGCCGUCUUUAGGGUUAGGGUGUGAGGUUAGGGCACAGAAUAAGGCACACAGAAGGGCACCCUGGCCGCCAUCUUCCUAGCCAGUCAAUUACAUUUUCUGGCCAAUAAACGCGCUGUAUUGGCUGGCCGCCAUCUUCCUGGCCAGUCAAUUGGAUAUUUUUGCAUAGAAAAAUGGUGACACGUUGCACCGCUGAGUGGCCCUUCUGGUACUGAUCUUUAUUCUGUGGUUAGGGUGUGGGGUUAGGGUGUGGGGUUAGGGUGUGGGGUUAGGGUGUGGGGUUAGGGGUUAGCAGGUGGGGUUAGGAUUAGGGUUUGGAUUAGGAUUAACGUUUGGAUUAAUUGUAGACCCAUUACAACCCAAUACUUUAUUGCAUACAAUGGCAUUACAACGCCAAUAAAUUAUUGGUUACAACGUGCGGAACGGCUGAAAUUUCGUCUAUAGCUACAAUCUUGGCCAGAAACUAUGGGACAGCUGCUGUAAUUUCAUAUAUUUUGAAAGGAAUAGCGCCCCCCGUUCCCCCAGUUCAAUGUUGGGCCAACAAAAAUCUGACGUCUGGAUGCGCGGCGCCAACAUUGGAACGGGUGGGGGGAGGGAGUGUGGAAAAUAUGUAUCAGCAAAUGGUAUACUAUUGUCCCAAUCUAUAUUGUCAAAGAUUGUAGAAUAAUCCAUUUCAGCGUAAGGGAUUUUUCCAGUCCGCCAUCAUGUUCUUAGCUAGCGUCCCAAAGAGAGGCAGUCACCCCCUGAAAACAUAUUGAAAUUUAAUGUUCCAGGGGGGUGGAUGCCUCUCUUUAGCGCACUUGCUAAGGCUUGCACAUUGCCGCCAGACAUGCGCAGUAAAAACUACCUUACGUUUUUCUCGCGAAGUGAGUCCUCUGUAUGUUUAGUACUCUGUGACAUGAACGUCACAUGUGGUAAAAACUAAUUUUGCAUCAUGGCGGUCGUGCAAGGAAGUAAAAAACUUUGACAUAUAUGACAUAUAACAUGACAUCAACCUCGUUCCCAGGCUCUUUACGCUGUUAUCUCCGUAGAUGGAUUAAGAUUCUGGGAUUUCGGGUUGCCAUGACAUAUGCUAGGAGCGGAAUGUGCGAUGAAUUUUCUAAGCCCAGCGAGUAACAAAUAUUUGUAGUUAUGAAAGAUUGUUAUAUUUAAACGCAAAAAAAAAAUGUAAAGAAAAUUACAAGAGUACAAAACUAUACAGAACUGUUUCUUGUCACAAAGAUACGGUGAAAUACCCGAGCAUAACCUGAAGCCGUUUUCUUAAAGUAAACGGUUUUUCCUCUAUUACUCCUAUUAUUUUGGCAGACAUUCCCCGUAACUCUCUUGACGUUUAACCGCGGUGAUAACAACUUGUUCCAGACGUAUUACCAAGAAUAACAACUAGAAACAGGCAGUGCGAAUGCGUCCCAAGAACGUUAUAACGAAAGGCUAAAUCUUGCAUUCAUUCACCUUUUCAAUUCCGGUUGAGACUUCUUCAAUUGAGACUAUUCAAUUUUCUAAUAUUCAGAAUAAACACUGGGUAUAUAUAUAUACAUUAGUCCGUAUUUGUACAACUUAAUAUUCAAAAACAACGUGCUCCUAUUCAAAAGUAAUUAAAAUUACUAAUCACAAUCCUAAUAUAACAAGCGUUGCUUCGUCUAUUUCUUCGAUGUUAAAAACAUUGCAAAUAUGUAAAAAUAGAUUAAAGAUCAGGUCAAAAAACUACAAAAAUAUAUAAAGUUAAGCUCAGAAGUGUUAAAUGUUAAUAAAAUACGUGUG